AUGCAGUCGUUCCUUCCCCUCCUAGCGCUCGCGCUCGCCGCAUUCACAUCCGCCGCGCCGGCGCCCGCGGCCUCCUCCGGCUGCAACAGCGCCAACCCGUUCCUGAACCGGGUGCAGUACGCAAACUCGCGGUACGCCUCGCUGCUGGAGACGACUGUGGCGUCGUUCACCACAAAGGGCGACAAGCUCAACGCGGCGCGCGUGCGCACCGUGCAGAAGACGUCGACGUUCAUCUGGAUCGACGACUUCGCGGCCAUCGACGACCUGAAGGGGCACUUCGACGAGGCGGUCCGGGCGCAGAAGAAGCUGGGCUACGGCCAAAAGUUGAUCGUUCCGCUCGUCGUGUACAACCUGCCCGACCGCGACUGCAGCGCAAAGUCGUCUGCGGGCGAGCUUGUCCUCGCAGAGGGCGGCGAGGCGAAGUAUCGCCAGUUCGUGGAUAAGGUCGUCGCCACCAUGAAGCCGUAUCUGUCCAAGCUGGACUUUGCGGUCGUGGUUGAGCCCGACUCCCUCGGCAACUCCGUCACGAAUCUGAGCGUGCCCAAGUGCGCCGGCGCGAAGGACGCGUAUACCCGCGGCGUCGCCUACACCGUCAGCAAGCUGGGCAAGUUCGCGAACGUGGCGCUGUACAUCGACGCGGCGCACUCGAACUGGCUGGGCUGGCCGGGAAACCUCGAGCCCACAGCCAAGCUGAUGGCCGAAGUCGUCAGCAUGGCCAACGGCAACGUCACCAAUCCCGCGAACCCGGCAAAGAUCAGGGGCUUUGCAACCAACGUCUCCAACUACAACGGAUACAACUCCACCACACCAGACCCCAUCUACGGCCCCGGCCCUGACAACCCCAACUGGAGCGAGCUGAAGUACGCGAAGGCGCUGACCCCGUUCCUCGAGGCCGAGGGCCUGCCCGCCCACUUCAUCAUUGACCAGGGCCGCAGCGGCCAGCAGAACAUCCGCGCGCAGGGCGGGCACUGGUGCAACAUCGCUGACUCGGGCUUCGGCAUCCGCCCGACGACGGACACGGGCGACUGCAGCGUCGACUCAGUCGUGUGGGUCAAGCCUGGAGGCGAGAGCGACGGGACUAGCGACGAUACCGCCGUCAGGUACGAUGAGAACUGCAGGAACCCCGACUCGUUCAUUCCCUCCCCCGAGGCGGGCGCCUGGCACAACGAUUUCGUAGAGAUGUUGGUCAAGAACGCGAAUCCGGCGCUGCCACCGACUUGGAAGUAGAAACUUGAAGGAGGGACGGGGAUGUAAGAUAUAGCGUGCGGGGGGGAGGUGGAGAGAACCGAGG